CAUUGCCAUAACAUUUCUAACCCAUUUAUUAUUUUGUUUUGGCAACAUCUCAUUCUCAUCACCCCUCCCUCUGUACGCAUAGUCCGGCUUCCCCUCUCCUCCUCCGGCCAUCAUCUCCGGCCACUAUCUCCACCGUCGCAAUUUUCAUCGCCACCCCACGCAGCCUCCAUCUCCCUAUCCUGUGCUUCGAAAACCUUAACACCACGGACUCUCAAAAUUCUUCACUUGCUCAUUGUCUAACUCCACAUCAAAAAAGUUGUGGUUAGCAGCAUCCAUUUGAGAAGGAUGGCUAUGUCUAGGGCUAGAAAAGAUGGAAAAGAGGUCAGGAUUUAUGAAAAUUUUGAUGAACUGAGCACAGAUUUGGCAGAAUAUAUUGCGGAAUUAUCUGAGGCUUCUGUGAAGGAGAGGGGUGUUUUUGCCAUUGCUUUAUCAGGUGGAUCUCUCAUUAGCCUCAUGGGAAAACUGUCUGAAGCCCCUUACAACAAAACUGUUGACUGGGCUAAGUGGCAUAUAUUCUGGGCUGAUGAGCGCGUUGUGGCUAAGACUCAUGCAGAUAGCAAUUACAAACUAACCAAAGAUGGCCUUUUGUCCAAGGUGCCAAUUGUUCCUAGUCAUGCACAUUCUAUUAAUGACUCGGUAUCAGCGGAGAAAGCUUCUGAAGACUACGAGUUUGUUAUUAGACAACUCGUGAGGACCCGUGUAAUCAGCGUCUCUGACAUCAGUGACUGCCCCAAGUUUGACCUUAUCCUCCUAGGGAUGGGGCCCGAUGGACACGUGGCAUCCUUGUUUCCCAAUCACACGAUACUCGAAGAGAAAGAAGAAUGGGUGUCGUUUCUUACGGACUCGCCCAAGCCCCCUCCCGAGAGGAUUACUUUUACUUUACCCGUUAUUAACUCCGCUUCCAAUGUGGCUGUAGUUGUUACUGGUAGUGGCAAGUCGGAGGCGGUACAUUUGGCCAUUGACGAUCUCGAGCCCGACUCUCCAUUGCUGCCUGCAAGGAUGGUCCAGCCAACCAAGGGGAAUCUGGUGUGGUUUCUGGACAAGGCAGCUGCUUCUAAACUUGACAACUCAAUAUUUUCCAAAUAGGGGGAACAGCCUUUUCUUUGCCAAAAUGUAUGUUUGUAUGUAGCAAAUUAAAGGGAUUAUGAAAACUUAGUGAACUCUCUCUCUCAUCUUCCAUUUUGUCCAUCUAUUCUACCCUUUCUUUUACUUAUUCAAUGAAUGGGAAACACAUCUAAAGAAAA